AUAAUCGAGUGUAUACAUUCAAAAGUAAUAUCACUACGGUGGUCAAGUGAAAUGUCAAAAUUCCAACUCGAGACAUACAUAGUUGCGCACCAAUUCGUGGUGGAUGAAUUUCGUGAUCUUGUACAUAGGGGUCUGAUUACGUUUAUUUUGACUUCGUUUAGUGAGUAAUUCGUCACUGUGCCGAUUAGACGUAAAUCGACUUUAUUUUUUAACGACAAAGAAAGGAAGAAAAUGUAAACAAAAAACGACAAUGUGUUGCAGCAAUUUUGGGCACGAAGGCCUCAGCUGAUGCGUUUUGACAGUUGAAAUUGCAUAAUUGUUGCUAAAUAUUUUCCUAUAAAUCUUUUUACGCAAUUUGUGUAAAUUUCCGUACAGAAUGGCGGAUAUAGAUGACUUCUCCCGUUUAGAUCAAUAUGUUGAAUCGGAAACAUUGACGGAACUCUGUUACAAAGUGAUUUGCAAGAAUCUGGAUAUUAUUUCGGUUAAAUCGUUAGAAGUGAUAAAUGAAGUAGAAAACGUACGGAGUCUCUUGAAGGGAUUGAUCCUGCCAAGCGAAAUAUGCGACAGACUCAUCGAAUACGCUCUACGGAGCGAUACAAUAAAAUCGCACGAUGAAUUUUUCCAUAUAUUUCAGGAUACAUCUGUAACUAAAUUGAAACGUAUCAAAGUCGUACGAUCUAAUAUGUCUGACAAAUCGGCAAAGAUUUUAGCUUCUCAUAAGCUUGUUGAAUUAGAAUUAAUUGAUUGCCCUUAUGUAACAACACAAUUUAUAGAAUAUAUAAAUGAUAAUGCAGAGAAUUUGCAAAGUUUAACAUGUCGUGAAGUAGGCCCUCCAAGAACAUUUGGGAUGUUAAGCAUGUCUAAUGAAUACAAGAUGCGAGGAUAUGUGUUUAAACUACCAAAUCUACGAAGUUUGGCUUUGGACAUUAAUAAAAAACAUAUUCCAGACUAUUAUUUAUUAUUUGCUGGAAUGCCAAACUUAACGCAUCUAGAUCUCUCUAAUAAUGUAAUAAUCGGUUUCGAGUUCUUUAGCUUGUUCCCAAACCUAAUAUCUUUAGUUUUAUACAAUGUUAGCAUCAAUAAAUGGGAGCAAGAUUUUAUUGGGAAUCUUGGUUAUUUAAAGAAAUUAAGGCACUUAGAUAUUUCCCAAUCCAAUGCUGGGCAUAAAGUAUUUACAAUUCCUAAUAUUUUACAACAUAUAAUUAAUAGUUUACCACAAUUAACUUCUUUGGAUAUAAGUGGUACAAACUUAGCAGCAGGACAUAAAGAAGAUUAUGCAGUACAAACUGUGAAACAGACAUCUUUCUGUGACUCUGAUGAUAUGAGUAACAAUAAGCUUUGUGAUAUACCAGGUCUUGCUUCUAGAGUAAACAGACCUUUACAGUUUUUAGGGCUGUAUGGAACAGGUGAUGGAGCAUGUAGACUACGUAAUAUUCCAGCAAAAUUGAUUUCGGGAAAUGCAAAUGAAGACCAAAUACUGGUAGCUGCUAAUGUUUGCAUGAAUAAUAAAGUUGAUUUAUUAUUAAAAGCACUGAAUGAUCUUUAUCUUGUGUAUAGAUAUGAAAACUUUCAUAGACUGGAUCAAGGUCUUUGUGUAAUAUUAGAUGCAAUGGAAAAACAUCCACAAGUAAAGUCUAUACAAAUAUCGGGAAGUGCAACAUUGUUCUAUGUUGUAAAAAUGAAAGAAAAAGAUGAAAUAGAACCAAGAGUGAAAGAAAGAAUUGUUCGUAUUCUCCUUGCUGGAAUGAGUAGCCAUGAAAAUGAGGAAACUAUGAUGCGUAAUGGUUGUCUAACAUUGAGCCAAUUCCGUAUACCACAGGAUGUUAUGUCAAAUUAUGAAACACUGGUAAAACUGCUUCUAAAUUGCGCGAAAUAUGUACGACAAGAUGAUUACGUACUGCGUAUCGCGAUAUUUCUUUUAAACAGUUUAUCGUGUCAAGUAACAGGCAGAGAAAAACGUUUGUUAGGAAACCUUGGUUGUAUCAAGACAAUGCUUGAGUUAAUUAGGCGUAGAAUUACAUCAAAUAUAUUUGACGAUGUCCUUGAAGGGGCAUGGUCAACUAUGUGGAAUAUGACCGAUGAGACUCCCAUAAACUGUGAACGAUUUCUUGACGAAGAUGGCAUGAAUUUGUUUCAUGAAUGUAUCAAGUUUGCUCAGAAAUACCGUCAUAGAGAAGAAUUAUUGAAGAAUAUGAUGGGACUUUUGGGUAAUGUAGCUGAGGUGCAACAUCUGCGGGUACAUUUAACGCAGCAACAGUAUAUUAGUCUUUUUGCAAGCUUAUUAGAUUCUGACAGUGAAGUUAUUGAGAUACCAUAUAAUGCAGCGGGUGUAUUAGCUCACAUAGCAUCCGAUGGUGUAGAGGCAUGGACAGUGCCUUGCCCGAGCCGAGACGAAGUGUUAAGACUUAUGGUCCAAGCUAUUGAACAUUGGGAUAUACGUACUGGACGUAAUAUCAAUUAUCGCUCGUUUCUACCAUUAUUGCGUUUGCUAGAUGUAUAUCAUACACCAGAAUGCCAGCAUUGGGCGGUUUGGGCUCUUGCUAAUCUUACAAAUGUUUACCCACAUAAGUAUUGCAAACUGCUUGUAAAAGAGAAAGGUCCCGAGAAGCUAACGGCUUUACUGAAAGAUUCAAGACCAAACGGACGUAUUAGAGAACUUGCAGCCAUUGUAUAUGAUAAUGUGAUGUGUUAUAUUUUUGGCAAGGUUUGAAAAUUGUUAUAAUAUCGAUUUCUGCGGCGUUCAAGAAGAUGUCUCCACAAUAAAAUUAACAGAAGAAUAUGAACAGAAGAAUAAUUUUUAUUACUGUACUUCGAACAUAACAUCAUUAAAAGUAAAAUAUUUGAUUUUUUCA